AUGGAAAUUAAAAAUAAUAAAGAAACAAAAAAAACUUUAACAAAAGAGGAUAAGUGGCAAUCAGACAUAUACGAAAAUAGCUUAUUUCUUGAAAAUUUAAAUAAUAGUCAAAAAGAAGAUAUCGAUGAUGAUGUCACAGAAAUACAAUCAUUAGAAGAUCGUACAAGUGAUUACCAAUCCCCCAAAUCAUCUUAUAAUAGCAAAGAAGAAGAUAAUUGUUAUGAAGAGCUAGAAAAAAUUUCAGAAAAUGUCCGUAAUGAAAUAAAAAAUCUAUAUGAAACAUUUCAUCAUCUUCGAAAACAUUAUAGAUUAAUUAAUAAAAUUGGCGAAGGAACAUUUAGCAGUGUAUAUAUGGCUGAAGAUUGUAAUUAUGACAAAUAUAUUAAUGAAUGGCAAUAUAAAGAACAAAAAACAUUUUCAUGGAAUACCCCACUAUUAAAAAGACGAAAAAUGCUUUCAAAAUAUGAUAGCUAUAAAAAAAGAUAUGUCGCAUUAAAAAAAAUCUAUGUAACAAGUAGUCCAGCAAGAAUAAUAAACGAAUUAAAAAUUCUGAAAGAUUUAAAAGGAAAUGAUUCAAUUGUUCCAAUUAUAACAGCAAUGAGAGUGAGAGACCAAAUUAUUAUAGUUUUACCAUAUUUUAAACACAUAGACUUUAGGGAUUAUUAUCGUACACUUUCUUUAGAAGAUAUACGAUUUUAUUUCAAAAAACUUUUUCAAGCACUUUAUCAUGUUCAUAAAAAUGGAAUUAUUCAUCGAGAUAUAAAACCAAGCAAUUUUUUAUAUGAUGUAAAAAGAAGAACAGGAGUACUAGUAGACUUUGGUCUUGCUGAGAGAGAAAACUAUGAUGAAACAUCUUGUUUAUGUUCUAAUAAGAAUAAAUCUGAACGAUUCAGAAAUAAGAAAAUGUUAUUAUCUACAGCAAUUCUAAACGAAAUUGAAGAACAACCAGGAUAUCUUAAAAAUGAUCCAAGACCAAGCAAAAGAGCAAAUCGAGCAGGAACAAGAGGGUUUCGUGCACCAGAAGUAUUGUUUAAGUGCAUGGCACAAUCAACAAAAAUUGACAUAUGGGCAGCUGGUGUCAUACUUCUUUCUUUUCUUACUCGAAGAUUUCCUUUUUUUAAUUCCUCCGAUGAUGUCGAUGCACUAACUGAAAUAACAUGUAUAUUUGGUAAAAAUGAAAUGCGUAAAUGUGCAGAACUUCAUAAUUGCCUAUUUGAUACCAAUAUUUCUACUUUAAAUGAAAAAAGAAUAACAUUUCAAAAAUUAAUACGUUGGUCUACUAAUUUUUCAACAAAUUACAAUAUUCCUCUAACAUGGCAAGAAGAACUAGCUAUAGACUUCCUUGAGCAAUGUCUUCAACUAAAUCCUUCAGAACGAUUUUCAGCAGAAAAAGCAUUACAGCAUGAUUUUCUUAAAUUUAUAGAUGAAGAUGAGUUUACAGAAGAAGUAAAUUUUGUAAAAUAGUCCAUAUAUCCAUAAUAAUAAUAAUUAACA